AUGGAAACAAAAAUGGGAUUUUAUACUGUGUCGAACGUAGAGAAUAUGCGUAUAUGUGUGGUUAUGGUAGGAUUACCAGCCAGAGGUAAGUCAUUCAUAUCACAAAAGAUUGUGCGUUAUCUUUCAUGGCUUUCGAUCAGGGCAAAAUGCUUCAAUGUGGGAAGUUAUAGGCGCAAAGCUGGUGCAGCCCAUCCCAGUGCUGAUUUCUUCGAUUCCUCCAAUAAAGAAGCCCUCAAAGUUAGACAGAAGGCCGUCACACAUGCAAUCGAAGAUAUGAUGAAAUGGUACGAGGAAGAAAACGGAGUUGUUGCCAUCCUCGAUGCGACGAAUAGCACCAGAGAGAGGAGAGAAUGGGUUUUAAGGCUGUGCAGGGAGAAUGCAAUUGAACCUAUGUUUUUAGAGAGUUGGUGUGACGAUCAGGACAUGAUUCUUCGCAACAUUAGUGACGUUAAGACUUCCUCACCGGAUUACGAGGGUAUGGACCCCGAGGCUGCUACUCAGGAUUUUUUAAGAAGGAUUAGUAACUAUGAAAAGGUUUAUGAACCUUUGGAUCGUGAUAACGACAAGGACUUGACCUUUGUUAAGCUUAUCAACGUCGCACAGGAAGUCAUUGUAAAUCGCAUUCAGUCCUACCUUGAAAGUAGGGUUGUAUUCUAUGUUAUGAAUCUGCAUAUCAGACCACGCUGCAUAUGGCUCUCUAGACAUGGAGAGUCUGUCUAUAAUGUUGAGAAGAAGAUUGGUGGUGAUUCUUCGCUAUCGGCAAGAGGUUUUCAAUACGCCUCUAAACUACCCGAAAUUGUGAGGGAAAGCGCUGGAGAUGUCAAUCUCACGGUCUGGACAUCUACAUUGUGUAGAACUCAACAGACUGCAGAAUCCUUACCAUACAAGCAAUUGCAAUGGAAGGCACUGGACGAACUGGAUGCUGGUGUCUGUGACGGGAUGACUUACGAAGAAAUUGAAGUGAAGUAUCCAGAUGAUUUUAAGGCUCGGGAUGACGACAAGUACGAAUACAGAUACCCUGGAGGCGAGUCCUAUAGGGAUGUCGUGAUUAGGCUAGAACCAAUCAUUAUGGAGUUGGAACGACAGGAGAAUAUUUUGAUAGUGACACAUCAAGCUGUCCUAAGAUGCAUAUAUGCCUAUUUCAUGAACGUUCCACAAGAAGAGUCUCCAUGGAUGUCUAUUCCGCUGCACACUCUCAUAAAAUUGGAACCAAGAGCGUACGGUACAGAAGUAACCAGGAUAAAGGCCGACAUUCCUGCUGUGAGUACUUACAAGGAGAAGGGCACCAGCAAGCUCGGAGAAUCAAGUGCGUAUGCCACCAAGUACCGUAACCUUCUAAAUGAGCCCUCCAAAUCUGCAUAA